UUUGGGUAUUAAUCGAUCCAGAUAUCCCAAAAUUGACCAGCGCACACAAGGCCCGGUACCCUUGAUUAGUCGACGUUACGCUCGCUUUGAUUUAGAGUACUACACGGGGGUCUUCGUGAACCUGACUUAAAAAAACGACUACGAAUAAUAAUUAUUAGUGCGAAACUUAUUAUUGUUUUUAAAUUAGGGUGAAUUUAAAUUUUCAGUGAAACCUUCUUUGGAGAGUUUGGUUCAUAUGCGACGUCUUUAAGAUUUCUGACAUAGACAUGUCACCCACGGCAGUCCUGUUCAGUCAACCCAGUCAGUAUUCGCGUUUCAGCAGGCAUUCGCGUUUACAUCAGGAAUAUGGAAAUUCUGGAUCAAACAACAAUUCACUUUUAUCCUAUCCAUCAGCCAAUUGGUACCAGUACCAAAACGAACUCUAUCAGCAGGCGAAGCUGAUGAGUCCUUCAUGGAGCUCGGCCAGUUUUUCGAAUGGACAAUAUGGCUACAAUAUGUACAGCAAUGCAGCUACAAAUAUCGCUAAUCUGAACGAACUAAGAAAUUUGAAUAAUUCUUACUCGAACGACAAGAUAAUCGAAAUUACCGAUCAGCUGGCUGAGCUAUCGCUAGAUACCAGGAAUUUGAAGAGACCUCCUACGACUUAUUUGUGUCACUUGUGCUUCCAGAAAGGACAUUACAUAAAGGAUUGUCCACAGGCUCGUCCUAAAGAAGAAGGCAGAACACCCUAUCAAGGCAGAAAACGUUGUUUCGGAGAGUACAAGUGUCCCAAAUGCAAAAGGAAAUGGAUGUCGGGAAAUUCGUGGUCCAACAUGGGACAGGACUGUAUGAAAUGCCAAAUUUUGGUUUACCCACAUAAACAGAGGCCUUUGGAAAAACCAGACGGCCUAGACGUUUCGGAUCAAUCGAAAGUGCAUCCUCAGCAUUUGUGCGAAAAAUGCAAGGAGCUUGGUUAUUAUUGCCGAAGAGUACAAUAAUAUGUCACACGUGAAUACAUUUUAUUUUAUUUUUCUCAAUUUAUUUGAUUGUAUAUUUGUUUAUUUUGCUUUUUUUUUGGCUUUUUGGUAAUGGGUAUUAUAAUUUUUUAUUUUUAUAUUUACUUUAUUCCGUUUUUACAUUUAUCAGUAUUUUUUCUUUUGCCUAUAUUAUUAUUAUUAUCGUUUCAUGUCUUUGUAUUUUCAUGAAUAUCCAUUGGAAUCCAUAUAAGUAGAUAUUUUAUUCAUUUUUUUCUUUCUGCAUUGGUUUAAUUUUGAUAGAAACCUAUUUGUUUAAAUAAUUUAAUCACAAAAAUAGUAAAUACUUAUUUUGGUUGUGAUAAGUAUGUGAUCCUUGAUUUUUUUUUUGUAAUUCUUAUGUGUAUAAAUUUUGUUGCUAUAAAAUCUAAUGUUUAUGUUAAACUUGUUUCGGAGGAAUUCGAUUGAUCAAAAGGAACUUUUGUUAGAUGAUUUAUUAUAAAAUUUGUUUAUGUUUCGAUUUUAUAUUGUUCGUAUUUUUGGGUAAUGGUAAUUUAGAUUAUUGAUAUUUACGUUGUAUUGUAUGUUUACAAUUGAAAUAUAGGUACGUAUAUUAA